AUGGCAACUCAAGAUACAACCGCAGCAACCGCAGCAGCGCCGGCUACCAACGGCAACGGGACCCCCAAACCCAAAAACCGCGCCGCGUGGAUCCCCGCCAAAAAGGUGAUCCCCUUCAAAGUCGGCGACGCCCCCUACACGCGCCCUGGCCCUGGCCAGGUGGUCGUCAAGAACGGCGCCGUAGCUAUCAACCCGUUCGACUGGGUCUUGCAGUUCAUCGGGCCCGCGCUGGCCGGGUAUAUCCACUACCCGUUCAUCUUUGGGACUGAUGUUGCGGGCGAGGUCGUCGAGGUCGGACCGGGCGUCACCCGGUUCGCCGUGGGCGACCGCGUCUGUGGAAGCGCGACGGCGAUUGCGAAAGAGGUGAACGACCCGGCCGAGGGUGGGUUCCAGCUGUAUACCGUCCUGCGAGUGCAUAUGCUCACGCCGGUGCCCGCUGGGAUCAGCGAUGCGCAGGCAUCUGUGCUCGGACUCGGGCUGGGUACGGCCGCAUUUGGUCUCUUCCACAAGGACUAUCUGGCCCUCGAUAUGCCGCAGCUUGCGGAAAAGGGCAGGGGAGAGGUGCAGCGGGGCAGGUCGGGGUCCCCGCGCGCGGUGAUCAUCACGGGCGGCGCCAGCAGCGUUGGCAGCAAUGCGAUCCAGCUCGCUGUCGCAGCAGGCUACGAGGUCCUUUCGACCUCGUCGCCCAAGAACUUCGACUAUGUCAAGGGGCUCGGGGCGAGCCACGUCUUUGACUACCGGAGCAAGUUCCUGGCCAAGGAUCUCUUAUCCGCCCUCAAGGGCAGAGAGCUCGUCGGCGCAUAUACCAUUGGCGCCGGUGCGGUGGAAGCCUGCACCCUCGUGAUGCGCAAGCAUGAUCCUGCGCUGACGAGAAAGUUCAUCGCCGUCGCCGGUGAGAUCAUCCCGCCUGAGAAGCUAACCACCUUCGUCGGCAAGGGGACUUACCUCAUUGGGAUGCUGGGAGGAAUGGUGAAAUCGAGCAUCCGGCAGCGCCGCACAGGCGUCAUCGCCAAGUUUAUCCUUGUUGACGGGCUGGUGGACCCGGACAGUGUGGUCAGCCGGGUUUACAUGGACUUUCUGCCCCAAGCGCUCGAGAGAGGGCAGUUUGUGCCUGCACCGCCGCCGCUCGUUGUCGGAAAGGGGCUCGAGAAGAUCCAGGAGGCGCUGGAUAUCCAGCGAAAGGGGGUUUCGGGAAAGAAGCUUGUUGUCACUUUGUAG